CUGUGUUCUGUUGGCAUGGCUCACUCGAAGAGGAUAUGUACCUUUUUACUCGCCGCUCAAACUCAAUGCCAAGGGAGAAGGCUUGUCUGGCGACAGACUCCGAGCUGGACCAGGACCUCAGUGAGCUGCUGGGCCUGGGGAGCAGUGACACCCUCACCAAUGGUAACCGUGCCAACGGGGAGGCCGCUAAGCGCCUGGCCAAACGCCUCUUCACCCUGGACGGCUUCAGGAAGUCCGACGUGGCCCGCCACCUCAGCAAAAACAAUGACUUCAGUCGUAUGGUUGCAGAAGAGUAUCUACACUUCUUUAACUUCAAGGGUCUUACUGUGGACCAGGCUCUGAGAGGCUUUCUCAGACAGUUUUCCCUGAUGGGGGAGACUCAGGAGAGGGAGCGGGUGCUGGCUCACUUCUCCAGGAGAUACCUGCACUGUAACCCCAAACUCAUACCCUCUGAGGAUGGUGUCCAUACCUUGACCUGUGCCGUGAUGCUGCUAAACACAGACCUGCAUGGCCAUAACAUUGGCAAAAGGAUGUCCUGCACACAGUUCAUUGGCAACCUGGAGGGUCUGAAUGAGGGUCAAGACUUUUCCAAAGACCUUCUGAAGGCCCUGUACAACUCAAUCAAGAAUGAGAAGCUUCAAUGGACAAUCGAUGAGGAGGAGAUGCGGAAGUCUUUCUCAGAGCUGGGGGACACCAGCCAGGCAGACUCCACCUCUAAACAAAUGAAGAGCAUGGCCAGCGGCGGGAAACCCCUAGUGGCCAUGGCCCAGCCCUCGGGAGCCCUGCUGUACAAGAACGGCUUCCUGGUGCGCAAGGUGCACGCCGACUCAGACGGCAAGAGAACACCGCGUGGUAAAAGAGGAUGGAAGACGUUCUAUGGCAUUCUGAAGGGGCUGGUUCUCUACCUGCAGAAGGGAGAGUACCGGCCAGAUAAGCAGCUGACGGACGAAGAUCUGAAGAACGCUGUGUCCAUCCACCACUCUCUGGCCAUGAGGGCUGCCGACUACAGCAAGAGACCCAAUGUGUUCUACCUCCGCACCGCCGACUGGAGGGUCUACCUCUUCCAGGCACCAAACACGGAGCAGAUGCAAUCGUGGAUCACGCGCAUCAAUACGGUAUCAGCCAUGUUCUCGGCGCCACCUUUCCCUGCAGCCAUUGGUUCACAGAAGAAAUUCGCCCGACCGCUGCUGCCAUGCUCCACCUCCAAACUGUCACAGGAGGAUCAGGUCCAGUCCCAAGAGGCUCGGUUCCGGGCCAUCUCCACUGAACUGGCCGAGCUGCGCUCGUAUCCUCCAGACCGAAAGGUCAAAGGCCGCGAGCUGGAGGAGUACCGCCAGCGGGACGAGUACCUGGAGUUUGAGAAAACGCGCUACGGUACCUACGCCAUGCUGCUGCGGGCCAAGAUCCGCUGCGGCGAGGAUGACCUGUCCGUAUUCGAGGCCCAGAUCCUGGAGGACAACGGGCUGCAGCGCGCCCACUCCAGCCCCACGCUGCAGGACUCCAGCCAGGCCAGCCAGGCCUCCCAGGGCAGCAGCACCAAGGAGCCGGUGGGCUGCAGCGGCAUAGGAAAAGGCUCCAAGCGCACGGAGGGCCAGAGAUACAGCUACCGCCAGGCCGUCAAGAAGGUGUGUCCACAUUCCAUGAGGGAGCCUAAUUACGAGGGUACUUGCAGCUCCUGAACUCUUCUUUGAGGCAAAUAUGAUGGCAACAAGGUGGCUCUAGUGGAUCAGAAUGGCAAUGCACUACGCAUCCGGAUCCGCAAUGAAGGCUCAGUUGCAGCCCUCCCUCCUGGCCCGAGUCAGGGCGAGAGACUGUGCUCUCAUGACAUCAGACCGCUCCACUCUCUGCCCCCUCGCUCUCUGCUCCCCUGUUCUCACGUUCUCUGUCUUAGAGAGGGGGGUAACUGUGGCUCACCUCUCUGUCAUCUAUCCCAAAUGGGUUGUCAGAGUGGUGGAUGUCAUUUCAGCCACAGUAGGCCACUACUGUACAGCUACACACAAGUAUAGUCCCCUGUAGCUCAGUUGGUAGAGCAUGGCGCUUGCAACGCCAGGGUUGUGGGUUCGUUUCCCACGG